GACAUUUUACCAUGCAGCCAUAAAGAGAGGUCAAAAAUGUCUUUCAAGUGCUGGGUUAGUAAAGAUCUGAUGGCGUUCUAAGGAGAGAAAGGAACUUGGAUCUUCGUGGACAAAGAACUCAGGUCUGUAGCUGAAGGAGGCGUGGUCACACAGGGCGUUUCCAGGUCCUGUAGAGGAAGCACAGUCCAUAGAUCUCUGUUCUAACAAGUUUGUCUUGCUCUGAACGCCGAAAGUCAACUCGAUCACAAGUUUGAUCCAAGAGUUUGACAUUUCAGGUAAUUUUCAGACGGAGCGCUGGGGUUGGAUCUCCCGGGCAUCACAAUUGGCUCUGUGCAGGACACCUGGCACGGGGCACUGGGUCGCAGCUCGUCCCCUCUCCCUCCAGAACAACGAUGCUCAAGGACCAGCUUUUCCUUCCCAGGCCUCUCCCACUUCCCUUCUUACCGGUGCUGCCCGCUCGGUCCCAGGAACCGCGCCCGUCGCAGGGUCCCGAUCGUUCCCCCCUACAUCCCCUUGGGACCAGGAGGCAAAUUCCUGUGGGUCCCAGGAGUGCCAAAAGUGCUCAGCGAGACGGGAAAUUGCAACAGUACUGGCCCCUCGGCCCUCCCCCGGCGCUUUCCCGUAACUCCCGCCCCUGGACACUUGCCCCGUAGUUGAUUCAUAGCUGGGGCGCGGGGCCGCCUCCACACGCCUGGACAGACGUCCGCGCCCGUUCCCCUGUGAGGCCGAGGACCGGCCAGGCUCCGGAGCAGGUCGCCAGGCGGGUAAUCAGACCAAUGGCUUUUUCUGUGGUCCUUCAUCCAGCCUUCCUCCUGGCAGUGCUGUCCCUGAGGACAUCCCGAAGUGAAGUCUUGGAGGAGCCUUUACCAUUGAUUCCUGAGAUACAUAAAGUUUCUUUUCAAUUGAAACUUCAAGAAGUGAAUUUAGAAUGGACUGUCCCAGCCCUUACUCAUGAAGAAUUAAACAUGAUAUUUCAGAUAGAGAUCAGUAGACUGAACAUAUCCAACAUCAUCUGGGUGGAGAAUUAUAGCACCACUGUGAAGCGCAAGGAAGCUGUGCGUUGGAACUGGACGUCUGAUAUCCCUUUGGAGUGUGUCACACAUUUCAUAAGAAUAAGGGCUCUGGUAGAAGACACCAAGUCCCUUCCAAAGAGUUCCUGGGGCAACUGGAGUUCCUGGAAAGAAGUUAAUGCAAAGGUUUCUGUUGAACCUGAUAAAUCAUUAAUAUUUCCUAAAGACAAACUGUUGGAAGAAGGCUCCAAUGUCACCAUCUGUCUGAUGUAUGGGCAGAAUCUAUAUAAUGUAUCCUGUAAGUUGCAAGAUGAGCCAAUCCAUGGAGAACAACUUGAUUCCCACGUGUCAUUAUUAAAAUUGAAUAAUGUAGUUUUCCUUAGUGACACAGGGACAAACAUCAAUUGUCAAGCCAUGAAGGGUCCUAAAGGAAUAUUUGGUACUGUUCUCUUUGUCUCGAAAGUGCUUGAGGAACCCAAGAAUUUUUCCUGUGAAACCCGAGACUUUAAGACUUUGGACUGUUCAUGGGAACCUGGGAUAGAUACGACUUUGGCUUGGCGUAAACAAAGAUUCCAAAACUACACUUUAUGUGAAUCGUUCUCUAAGAGAUGUGAGGUUUCUAACUACAGGAACUCCUAUACCUGGCAAAUCACUGAAGGCUCACAGGAAAUAUACAACUUUACUCUUACAGCUGAAAACCAACUAAGGAAAAGAAGUGUCAACAUUAAUUUUAACCUGACCCAUAGAGUUCAUCCAAAGGCUCCACAGGACGUCACCCUUAAAAUUAUAGGUGCUACAAAAGCCAACAUGACCUGGAAGGUUCACUCCCAUGGAAACGACUACACACUUUUGUGUCAGGUUAAACUCCAAAAUGGAGGAGAAGUGAUUCGUGAGCACAAUGUUUCUGCCCACAUGAGCGCAAACUACCUCUUCAGUGAUCUGGAUCCAGACACAAAGUACAAGGCUUUUGUGCGCUGUGCAAGUGCCAACCACUUCUGGAAAUGGAGUGACUGGACCCAAAAAGAGUUCAGCACACCGGAGGCUGCUCCCUCACAGGCUCUUGAUGUGUGGAGAGAAGUGUGGUCGGAGAAUGGAAGACGCGUUGUGACUUUAUUCUGGAAGCCACUAUUAAAAUCACAGGCCAAUGGCAAAAUCAUAUCCUAUAAUAUAGUUGUAGAAAAUGAAGCCAAACCAACUGAGUCAGAACACUACUCUGUCUGGGCACCAGCCCUCAGCACAAACCUGAGCCUUGACCUGCAACCUUACAAGAUUCGCAUCACAGCCAACAACAGCAUGGGGGCAUCUCCUGAGUCCUUGAUGGUCCUUUCUAAUGAUUCUGGACACGAGGUCCAGGAAAAGACAAUUAAAGGUAUAAAGGAUGCAUUCAAUAUUUCUUGGGAGCCCGUAUCUGGAGACACGAUGGGCUAUGUUGUGGACUGGUGUGCACAUUCCCAGGACCAACGCUGUGAUUUGCAGUGGAAGAACCUCGGUCCCAAUACCACAAGCACGACCAUCACCUCAGAUGAUUUUAAACCAGGCGUUCGUUACAACUUCAGAAUUUUUGAAAGGUCUGCGGAACACCAAGCUCGGUUAGUAGAGAAACAAAGAGGAUACACCCAGGAACUGGCGCCUUCGGUGAACCCGAAAGUGGAGGUUCCUUACUCGACCCCUAACUCCUUCGUUCUAAGAUGGCCAGAUUACGACAGUGACUUCCAGGCUGGUUUUAUAAAAGGGUACCUUGUGUAUGUGAAAUCCAAGGAGAUGCAGUGCAACCAACACUGGGAAAGGACCCUCCUUCCAGAUCAUUCAGUCCUCUGUAAAUACGACAUCAAUGGCUCAGAGACAAAGACACUCACCGUGGAAAACCUUCAGCCAGAGUCCCUCUAUGAGUUUUUCGUCACUCCGUACACCAGCGCUGGCCCAGGACCCAAUGAAACGUUCACAAAGGUCACAACUCCAGAUGCACGCUCCCACAUGCUGCUGCAGAUCAUACUACCCAUGACCCUCUGCAUCUUGCUCAGCAUCAUUGUCUGCUACUGGAAAAGUCAGUGGGUGAAGGAGAAGUGCUAUCCUGACAUCCCCAAUCCGUACAAGAGCAGCAUUCUGUCACUCAUAAAAUCUAAGAAGAAUCCUCACUUAAUAAUGAAUGUCAAAGACUGCAUUCCAGAUGUCCUUGAAGUGAUAAACAAAGCAGAAGGCAGCAAGACACAGUCUGGGAAACUUCACAUUGAAGAUGUACCCACUAAGCCUCCAAUUGUGCCAACAGAAAAGGAUUCCUCAGGGCCUGUGUCCUGCAUCUUCUUUGAGAAUUUUACUUACGAUCAGUCAGCUUUUGAUUCUGGUUCCCAUGGCCUGGUUCCAGGUCCCCUAAAAGACACAGCACACCAACUUGGACUAUUGGCUCCACCUAACAAGUUCCAGAACGUAUUAGAAAAGGACUAUAUGAAGCCCCUGGUCGAAAGUCCAACUGAAGAAACUAGCUUGAUUUAUGUGUCGCAGCUGGCCUCACCCAUGUGCGGAGACAAGGACACGCUUGCCACGAAUCCACCCAUGCCAGUGCAUGGUUCAGAGUAUAAAAGGCAAAUGGUAGUUCCUGGGAGCUUCGCAUCCCCUUCUCUGAAGGAGAAUAACAGCUUGACCUCAACGAUCCUUUUAGGCCAAGGUGAACAGUAAACACCAAGCAGCACAAAUGCACUCUACACACUACAGGCACUUUGGGAGAUGUAGCUGUUACCAUGCCAACACCACCUGCCCUGGUUGGUUCCAGGGGUGAGGGGUGGGGAGAGACUCAUUAUCUGCAGUGAUAAUUAUCUGUAGUGAUCAACGAUCACUACAGACCGACAGACUUAAGGACCAAAACUAUAUAAUAUGGUGUUCACCCUGAAGGCUUCCUUAGAAAUGGCAGAUCCGGGAGCAUGCUGACCUUGUUAUUAUUUGGUCCAGGCUCACCCUUAUUGCAGUAGCUUGACAUAGGGUAUACACCAGUCAUUUCGCAGAGCCUACCUACUCAAAACUACACAAUGAGACUGUGGUCCUAGGAUUUUGAUUUGCAGUGCGAAAGCAUCUUCUUGUAAACUUAACCUCACGCUUCAUAGUUUAAGGGUAAACCAAGUGGGUCCGAGGUUUUGAUUAGCACCACAAGAGGUUGAGUACUUUACUGUGCAGAUUUAUCACAUUUAAUGGAAAGGUUACAAACUAGAUUUUGGCCAUACCUUGAAAUGAGAACUUGUAGUCACCGAUAAAGCAAAAAGAACUCUCUUCGUGUCUACACCAUAACUAACCAGUAAGAUGUGCAAAUGGACAGGAGACUCUUCAUACGUCUCCUGCAGUAAAACAGGAUUUCAAGGAGCUCCAGACCUGCUGCCCAGGUGACUGCAUCCUGUUCAACAGACUCGUCUUCCUCUUUAGUUUUUGACUACCUCAGAACAGGAAAAAAAAAAAAAAAGGACAUUUCAUUGAGUGAUGCCUUUUGCAUAUAAUAUACACCACCCCCAGCCCCUGCCCCCACCCCAAGCUGUAUCUAGAUGACCUAUUUCACGAGCUGAUCUCUGCUCUUUGCACGCUUGGUUGUCUGGUUCAAGAGAAUUCUGUCUCACAUUCCUGUUGUGCUAAAAUACUAUAGCCCCAGAACUGGGUAUAAUUUAAACUGUAGAAGUCAGUUGUGAAGGAUCCAAAGCAUGUCUUUUGACAAAAAUCUACUUGGUCCUAUCUGUGGGUUUCACAUCAAGAUUUAACCAAUUUCAGAAAGAAGAUAUUCCGGAGAAAAACUGUCUGUACUAAAUUCAUAGAUUUUCCUUGUUAUUCCGUAAAUAAGGUAUUAACAAUUUCCAUAGCACUUACACGCAUCAGGUAUUAGGCCACAGCAUGGAGGAGUACUCACUGUAUACAAUGCUAUUUUUAGGUUAAGGCCUGAACUUCUGAAGAUCUUGGUAACGGCAGAGCUCCUGUAAUCGACUCCUGGAGCGUGCCACAGAGGAAUGACUAUAUGUGACAGCUGAACACUUACACUGGUUCCUUCCUCUUAGUGCUUGUCACGUUACAGGGCAAGGUGCAGGGGUGCUCCUUUUGUUGUUAGCUGAGUGUGAAGACAGAAGAAGCCAGUACUACUGGCUUUUUUAAGGCAAAGCAGAGCAAUUCAGUCCAAAGCAGAGAGAAGCCAGUUUGAAUUAGUCAGCUUGGAGAGUUUGAGCCAGAAC